AUGGCAAUGGAGCCGCUCCUCAACUUUGGAGGGUUCCAGGAUCAUGCCCAUCUCUUCAAGACUGUCCUCAAGUACGAUGCAAGUGCUGAGUCGAAAACUCCACAUGAUUGGUGGGAUCUGGACCGAAACACGAUCCACGCCAUACUCAAAGACAUCUCAGAGAAAGUCGCUUCAUGCACCAAGGGCAAGACGGGACUCGACAGAGAACUUGAGCACGUCGUAAAGACCGCAGUGAUGCUAGACCAGGUCGAACGCGCAUCCCCGAUCAAGAUUGCCCUCAUCGGAGCCCAAGGCGCUGGAAAGAGCCUUCUGAUCAACGCUCUGUUUGAUUGUACCGGUUUGUCACUGACAGGUGCAAAAGGCUUUGCUUGUACCAGCGCCAUCGUCAAAUACGCAUACGGUCCGGGCGACAAGUUCUCUGCCGAAGUCAAGUUUCUCAAUGCAGAGAAGCGUGAAGCCAUGGUAGAUGAACAUAUUCGCUCUUAUAUGGACUACCAUAACGAUCUGGACGACUCAGAAGACGAAGAUGGCCCGCGAACUCGAUCCUUCAAGCAGGAUGAACUCGAGCGAAAACGCAAGAAAACAGCCGAAGACUUCUUCGAUACCAUCUUUGGAUCCAGAGAAGAGUUCCUCGAUGCUUGGAGCUCAAGCCCUGUCAAUACCCCAGAAUUCAAGAGCUUAUGCCAGCUCAAGUGCAAAGAAGCAAUGCAAGAUCAGGACAUGAACUCCCAAGGGAUUGCAAUGUUCAGCAAGAACACCCCGAAGGAACUUUUAGACGUCAUCAAACCUUUUCUGUCCAACGUCGAGGGCGAGGUUUGUCUUUGGCCUAUUGUCGAUUGCGUCACGAUUCGAUUCAAUCAUCCUCUUCUUCAACAGAAUUUGGAGUUUAUCGAUCUGCCAGGGUCUGGUGAUACGAAUAUGUCACGAGCGCGACACGCCGAUGAGGUCAAAGACACUGUCGACGUCGAGAUCAUCCUCGGUGACACAGUUCGCAUCGGUACCGACGAAAUGGUGAUCAGCAACGCAAGAGCUGGUGUGCUCAAUCAUGGUGCAUCGAACGUGAAAGUUGUGGCAACCAAAAUUGACUCACUUUCGGAAGAUCAACUCGCACAGUGUUCUGGUGCAGUAUAUGACGAAAUCAACACCCAUAUGCAACAGGCUGACGAAGACGCUACCACCGCGGAAGAAGAAGAUGAUAACACCAAGAUAUUGUUGGUUUCACGCUACAAGUCGUAUCUUCAGCGCUACAGGAAGGCGUAUAUGAUCAGAGAGCGUGCAGAGUCUAUCUCCAGGAUACUCGGAUCGACCCUCCAAGAGCUCUCUCACGACGAUACCGUGGAAAUCUUCCAUACAUCCACAGCAAACUACAUGAGCUGGAUCAAGUCUGGAAAGAUUCAGUACGACCAGCAACCUGCACUAUCCGCGGAGCAUACUGGAGUACCGGCGAUCCGCAGGUUCUUGUACAACCUAGGAGCCCCUCAAAACCUGCGCUCCUAUAUAUUGCACGGAAAAGUAACGGUUCCCGCCUUCGUCGAGAAAUUGAAACGUGUUGUCACGCAGUCAGACCGAGACGCUGGAUUCGUGACAAUUGCUGACGAGUUCGACGACCUCCGCCGCAGGUUUUUGGGUGAUCUAGCCAAGAUGCUACACUGGCACUGUCUUGGCUAUUCAAAGAGUAGCAUUUCGAAGAUCGAGAAGGACAUCAAUGUCUACAAAGGGGCCCUGGACAAACGUAUACUGAAGAAGUGGUUGGACCUAAAGAACGCCGCUUGGAACCGCAUUCUCAAGAACAGGGGUUACGUUCCGCAGGGAACAUCCAAGGCCAAGGGCCUAGAGAACACAGUGAACUGGAAUUUGGAGCUGGCUACCUUACUGAGGCCCGGCUUCUACAAGUGGUACGCUGUACAUUCGGAGCACUUGAAGAAACUGAGAGCUGCGUUACCGCUUACCAUGGACGACUUGUUCAACAAGACAAUGGCUUUGAUGAAGGAUUCCGCGGCAAACCUCAUCACUGUCGAGAAAGCCAAGCUCAAAUUUCUUCCGAUGCAGCAUCGAAUGAAGAGUAAGAUUCUGGCUAUGAUGGACGAGAUGAUCGCUGAGGAGAAGCGCCUACUGCACCGGGCUACCCUGGAAGAUGAACGCGAGAACAACAUGAUUGCGACUAUCACGGAUGAAAUCUACGACUACGUCUUCGCCGCCACUCCUGAGAUCAAAUCCAUUGUCAAAGGAAAAAAGCGGUACCACAUGCCAGUCUUGAAGUUCAAGAAAUCUCAGCUGGAAGCGCGCUUCCUCAAAGCCGAGAACCAUUUCGUUGACAGAGCCAUCGCAACAUUCCGGACUCAGCUCGACGACAAGAUGGGCGCUCUGAUCGACAAACACUUCGAGAAAUUGAACGCCAUGUUCGACGAGUAUAGCACAAACCUCCGCGAUCACGCUCCAGUCGACUAUAAAAUCAUGCCUCUGGGCGAGCAAGUCCGAGAGCAGCUCGAGAAGCACCUCCCAUAUAUUGAGAGCCAAGCUGAGGCUUUACUUGGCCAUCUCCCCAAAGGCUCUGAGGAUGGCGAUGAAGCCGCUGCCAAUGCAGAGUUCCUCGAUGACGCUGGUGAUGGUAUUCGCGACCUCGGAUACUUCAUCGAGCAGGUGUCCAAAUCCAAGCGCAAGGCUCCUGAUAACUCAAAGGCUAUGGUGAAGAGGAUCAAGACAGAGCCUGCCUGA